UAAUACCCUUGUUGUAUUAGUGAGGAGCUCAGGAACAAGUUCACACAGUUCUUGAUACACAUUCUUUGAAGAUGACAGGUGGUUCAAUGAGAGUUUGUUUGUUAUCAUUGCUUUGCUUUCAUGUUCUUGUGGUGAGUGUCGUGGUUGCCAGAGAUGUGGCGAGUGUGAGGCAUGACGAUGAGGAAGAGAAGUUGUUGGGUGUUGGUAAGGGAGGUGGAUUUGGAGGUGGAGCUGGCGGCGGCGGAGGAUUUGGAGGUGGUGCUGGCGGCGGCGGUGGAUUUGGAGGUGGAGCUGGCGGUGGAGUAGGCGGCGGUGGUGGAUUUGGAGGUGGAGCUGGCGGUGGAGUAGGCGGCGGUGGUGGAUUUGGAGGUGGAGCUGGUGGCGGCGGUGGUGCUGGUGGAGGUGGUGGAUUUGGGAAAGGUGGUGGUGUUGGAGGUGGCAUUGGAAAGGGUGGAGGAGCUGGUGGUGGCUUUGGAAAGGGUGGAGGAGCCGGUGGUGGUUUUGGAAAGGGUGGAGGAGCCGGUGGGGGCAUUGGAAAGGGUGGAGGAGCCGGUGGGGGUUUUGGAAAGGGUGGAGGAGCCGGUGGGGGUUUUGGAAAGGGUGGAGGAGCCGGUGGUGGCAUUGGAAAGGGUGGAGGAGCCGGUGGUGGCUUUGGAAAGGGAGGAGGAGGUGGUGGUGGCAUUGGAAAGGGUGGUGGAGCCGGUGGUGGUUAUGGAAAGGGUGGAGGAGCCGGUGGUGGCUUUGGAAAGGGAGGAGGAGGAGGUGGUGGCAUUGGAAAGGGUGGAGGAGCCGGUGGUGGUUAUGGAAAGGGUGGAGGAGCAGGUGGUGGCUUUGGAAAGGGUGGAGGGGCAGGUGGUGGCUUUGGAAAGGGCGGUGGAGCUGGUGGUGGGUACGGUAAGGGUGGCGGAGCUGGAGGUGGAUUUGGCAAGGGUGGCGGAGUAGGGGGAGGGGUUGGUGGAGGCAUUGGUAAGGGUGGUGGUGUCGGUGGAGGAAUCGGAAAAGGUGGUGGUGCCGGUGGAGGAUUCGGAAAAGGUGGUGGCAUCGGGGGAGGAGCUGGAGGUGGGUUUGGAAAAGGGGGUGGAGUAGGUGGCGGUGCUGGCGGAGGAUUUGGAAAAGGUGGUGGAAUUGGAGGAGGAUCAGGAGGUGGAUUUGGUGGUGGAGUAGGAGGAGGUUCUGGAGGUGGAGGAGGUUCUGGUGGUGGAUUCGGGUUCGGUGGAGGAGCUGGUGGAGGCGGAGGUGGUGGCGGUGGAUUUGGUGGCGGAGGUGGUGGUGGAAUUGGACAUCACUAAGUAGCACGUUGCAUGCUAUUUAAAAUCUUGUAAUCCGUAAACAUGCAUGUAUUGCUAUAAUUUACUUCAUGUAUGAUUUUUCUCAAACUUAUUAUUCAAUAAUAGUGGUAAUAUAUGUAUAUUUUUUUUCGGAAAA